GUCCCUCUAAAUUUCCAGGGGAAGAAUUUGACUUUCAAAAUGUCUAUGAAAAUGAACAAGCUGAUUUUAAUACUAGGAAUGAUCUGUUUGGAACAAGGUAAAUCUGCAAUUCUUUCUCUCCCCAAAGAUCCCAACUGUGGACAGAAUGUGGCUAAAUCACAGCCUUGGAAUUACUUAAGCAUUUUCAGUCGCAUUGUUGGGGGAAACCAAGUGGAAAAGGGUUCUUAUCCCUGGCAGGUAUCUCUGAAAAAAAGGAAGAAGCACAUCUGUGGAGGAACCAUCAUCUCUCCACAGUGGGUGAUCACAGCUGCUCACUGUGUCUCGAACAGAAACAUUGCAUCAACAUUGAAUGUCACUGCCGGAGAACAUGACUUGAGCCAGACAGAGCCAGGAGAGCAAAUCCUAACCAUCAAAACCAUCAUCAUACACCCACAAUUCUCCACCAAAAAACCAAUGGAGUAUGACAUUGCCCUUUUGAAGAUGGCUGGAACCUUCCAACUUGGCCAGUUUGUGAGGCCUAUGUGUCUUCCAGAGCCAGGGGAACAAUUUGAGGCUGGAUUUAUUUGUACUACUACAGGCUGGGGCCGCUUGACUGAAGAUGGCAUCUUUCCACAAGUCUUGCAGGAAGUGAACCUGCCUAUUUUGACUGAGAAGGAGUGUGCAGCAGCUCUACUAACCAUAAAGAAGCCUUUCAGUGGGAAGACCUUUCUCUGCACAGGCUCCCCAGAGGGAGGGAGAGAUGCAUGUCAAGGAGACUCAGGAGGUUCACUCAUGUGCCGGAAUAAAAAAGGAGCCUGGACUCUGGCUGGUGUGACUUCCUGGGGUUUAGGCUGUGGUCGAGGCUGGAGAAACAAUGGGCAGAAAAAAGAGCAAGGAUCUCCUGGGAUCUUCACAGAUAUUAGUAAAGUGCUUCCCUGGAUCCAUGAGCACAUCCAAACUGGGCAUCAGAGGAAGAGCUCCAGAGCCUCAUGUGCUGAGCAAGAUGGAGUAGUCAGCCAGUCUGAGGGGGAUCUGCAUUUCCCAGAAAUCGUCCACCUGUACUAUGACAGCAAGCAAGUGUGUGUCUGGACCCUGUUGGUUCCAGAGGAAAUGCACAUGUUGCUCAAUUUUUUCCGCUUGGAUGUGGAGGCGUGCUGCCACAGUUAUCUGGCAAUGUAUUCUUUAGAAGACAGACUCAUUGGAAAACUCUGUGGAGAAAGCCUUGCUUCAUCCAUUCUUGUGGGCUCCAAUUCUAUAAGGCUGAAGUUCUUCUCUGAUGCCACAGAUUAUGCCACUGGGUUUAAUCUCACCUAUAAAGCUCUUAGGCCCAAAUACCUGCCUGAUUUAAAUAUCUCCAUAUCAGAGGAUGAAUCGAUCUUUGUGGAGGCAUGGGCUGUGCAACCUGGAGAAAUGAACCCUUCUGCGGACGCCGGUGUUCCACGAGGCCCCGGGCAGGGCUGGACCGCAGCCGGGGUCACGAGAGGAAGAACCCUCCACCUGGCGCCCUCGGGCCAUCCGGAUGCCAAAGCAGCCAGUGCUGGUGUGGGCGGGAAGUGA